AUGAAUUCGCAUAUUUCUGAGAACGCUGUCGGAGAUAUAUCACCGCCUCGCGACGCGUAUCAUUUAGACUUUAAUGAAGAAAAAGACGCGACCACUUCACCUCCUGCAGUGGUCACUGAUUCUAUCGACCAAUUGGAAGACUCAGGGGCUAGUAACGACACGGAUUCGGGUGAUGAAAGCCCAAUUGGGGUGACAGUAAUUGACCAGGCAACCAUUACUGAAUCCGAAAGAAAAAAAAAUUCGGAAUUUUUUUGUGGCAGGGGUUCUAAAACACCCGAGAGAUACAUGAAAAUUAGAAAUUUCAUUCUUAAUGCAUGGAAUAGCAAUAAACCAAAAUACGUGUCCAAGACAAGUGUUAGAUCAGGACUCAAGGACUGCGGAGAUGUGAAUGCCAUCGGCCGUGUUCAUUCAUAUCUAGAAUUGAUAGGUGCCAUCAAUGUCGGUGAUGACUUAGUAAAGAGAAAGCAACGAACUUUCAAGCCAAAAGUACUUUAUGAUGCGGCCAAAAGUACUAACGUAAUUAAAAAAAGAAAAGGGAAGGCUGUGUUGAUGGAUGAGAAUUGGACACUUAAUGGACGCGGUAAAAAAAGCCGUAAUGAAGAAAGAGCAAGUCCAAAUGAAUAUGAUGAUGAUGGAGAGGAAGGAACUCCAGGCGACAAUCAAAUACGUCGAAGCAAGCGAACUCGUACCAGUACGAAAGGAGCAUAUGACAUGGUCGGUUCCUAUGAUCCUUUCAGAUUGGUACCACCACUUAAUUAUACGUCAAGAAAUCCAGCGCCAUUCCGUGUAUCGGUUACAGCAAAUGUCAUGCUCGUAAUGGAUUUUCAUGCUCAUUUGGCUCAUACGGAAAUCAUCGGUUUACUCGGUGGCCAUUUUCAUCCAGAUAGUGAAAGUAUGGAAGUGACAUACGUAUUUCCAUGCAGAAGUGCUAGCACUGGAUUUCAGUGUGAAAUGGAUCCAGCAUCUGAAGUUGCUGCGAGAGAAGUUUUUGCCGAAAAGGGCCUUCAAUUCGUUGGGUGGUAUCAUUCACAUCCAACAUUUGAACCUCAACCUUCUGUCCGUGAUAUUGAAAACCAGACUCAGUAUCAGGAAAUGUGGCGACGUGAAGACGGUGUGGAACCCUUUAUUGGCGUUAUUGUAACGCCGUAUGACGCUGGACACGAAUCUAAUGUGUCCAGAUUUCAGUUCUGGGUGAGCGGAACAAACUAUGACCUUUCGGGGCAAUUUAGAACACCUUAUUCAUGCCAACAUUCGGUAUCACCAAGUGCAAGUUUACCCGAGGAAAUGUUUACACAAUUAUCUGAGUUGAUCGAGGAAUAUCAAAGUUAUGAUCAAAACGAGGAUGAUGUUUCACGCCUUGAUAAAAUGCUAGAAUCAUUAUCUUCACAUAUAUCGGUUGCUUCUUCUACUGCCGAGAACUUUAUUUCUCGGGUAAGGGAACUUAUGAAGGCAAACUUCCGUCCUGCCAAGAAGAAUAAUGCGGAAUGUCAUGGUAAUACUGAUUCAAUAAUAAAAAAAGGGCAAGAAUAA